AUGGUUAUGGCGCACUCUUCUGUUUCUGCUCAGUCUGGCUUCAGCCUUCAAGUGAAGCCAUUUUUCAACAACUUUGGAGCCAUAGUCACCUUUGCAUGUCUCGGCACCUUCCUCUCAGCCAUUGUCACAGGCAUCCUCGUCUACGUGGGCGGGUUCCUCUUCCUCAUGUACAAGCUCUCCUUCCUCGAAGCACUCAUCUUCGGUUCCCUCAUCUCCUCCACCGACCCGGUCGCUGUGCUCGCCAUCUUCCAGGAUGUCGGAGCAGACACGAAUCUCUACGCGCUUGUGUUUGGCGAGUCGGUGCUCAACGACGCGCACCUCUUCAAGUAUGCCGGCCUUUCCGUGAAAAAUCUUCACAACCUCGAGUGCUGCCUCAUUGUUCUCUUUCCCUACAUUUCCUAUCUGGUGGCGGAGGGACUUGCUCUCUCAGGCAUCGUUGCCAUCCUCUUCUGCGGAGUUCUCAUGAAGCGCUACACCUUUCCCAACCUAUCAGAGGUGGCCCAGGUCCUCUCUGCCGGCUUCUUCCAGCUCAUCGCCUCCAUUGCUGAGACCUUCACAUUCAUCUACAUGGGUACAGAGAUUGCUCUGGGGGAGCACCAACGGUGGGGACACAUUAGCUUCAUCUUCUUCUCCAUCAUCUUCAUAGGCGUAGCAAGAGCCGCCAAUGUGUUUCCAUGCGCGCAUCUCAUCAACCUCUUCCGCCCUCCCUCCAAGCAAAUACCUGACAGCCAUCAGAAGGCACUCUGGUUCAGUGGUCUGCGAGGAGCCAUGGCGUUCGGGUUGGCCUUGCAAGCAACACACGACCUGCCGAACCACAGCCAUGGGAGGGCGAUUUUCACCACCACCACUGCCAUUGUCAUGCUCACUGUGAUUCUGCUGGGCGGCAGCACGUCCACUGUGCUGGAGAGGCUGCAUGUGACGGGAGACAGAUACAGCCAGCUGAGACAGUUGGUCUCUGCUGAUUCUUCUUCCCAACACCAUGUCAACAUUUUGCCGGAAAACCCUUCCUUUGAAGACCUCGAUUCAAAAUACAUCCGGCCGUUUUUCACCGCAGAGCCGCCACCUGAUACACAGCGAAAGGAGGGUGCAGGGGCGGACAGGGCGGACCCGCCAUGUUACCUUCCAGAUGACUCGGACGAAUCGUCUGAGCAUAGUGACGAUAGCGGGGAUAGCUCUAACGAGGAUAUUGGUAAACGCAGAGAAGCCAAGGAGAAGGCAGAGAUAGUCUCGGCGAUUUUGCUAGCGGCAGCAGCAUCGGAUGCGGAGAGCCGUCCGAUUGGCGACGAUGAGGUGGACGCAGUGCUGCGAGAGUUAGGUGCUAACGUCAGCAAUGACGUCAGCAACGACGUCAGCAGGGACUGCAACGCGGGAAACGAUAGCGAAGGGGAGUCGUCUCAGAGAAAGGAGGAAGAAGGAGAGGGAGGAAUGGAGAGAGGGAAGGAGAGAGGAGGAAAGGGAGGGGAGGGGAGAGGAGAGGGGAGGGGAGAGGGGAGAGAGGCGGACAGAGGAGGAGGAAGCAAAGCAAAUAGAGUUAGUGGGAGUGAGGGUGUGGGGAGUGGCGAGCCGAGCGAACAGGGUGGGGAAAUGGGUGAAGAACGGUACGGUGACGAGUACAAGCUAGCAGCGUUUGGAGGGGUGCUGCAGGCGCUGGUGGCGUAUGUGGAGUCCACAGGGGACCACAUCCGAAGCAUCCGUGCGGGGCUGCACCAGGUGCUCUUCCUCGUGCGCGGAUCCUUCUACCUCGUUGCCAUCAGCGAUGCGGGUGAGCCAGAGCCAAUCAUAGAGCGACAGCUGGACCACCUCCACAAGAUGCUCCUCAUGCUGCUGACGUCAGCCAUCGAGCGGUCUUUUCUGCGCAACCCCAAGUUUGACAUCCGCCCGCUGCUGGGCGGCACGGACCGUCUGUUUUCCGCGCUCAUCCACUCCUUCUCUUGGGACCCAGCCAGCUACCUCUCCUCAAUGCGCUGCCUCCGCAUACCAGCAUGGGUGCGCACCACUGUGAGCGGCGCAAUAAAGACCGCUGCUGCCGCCUCCCCUGCGCUCUUCGCGCUGGUCUUCUCGGGCUUUGAGGUGGUCACAGUGGCGCACAGGAAGAGGGAACCUCUUCACUCUGACGACAUCUUCCUUCUCCUCAACUUCCUCAACGCCUCAGAUUCCUUCCGGUAA